AUGGCUCUCCUACAGGCUGCUGCUCUGCCUCCUGCACAGCCAUCCUAUGUGCUCAGAGGUCACAAUGCACAAAUUCACAGUGUUUGCUUUGUACGCCAUAACACCCGCCUAUUGACUGGUGACGCCGAAGGCUGGCUCGUCCUGUGGAAUCUUGCUUCCAAGCGACCUGUCGCUGUAUGGAGGGGUCAUUCUGCUGCUAUUCUAGCCGUGUCGACUUGGACAGAUGACAGGCUGAUUACACAUGGGAGGGACAGUAAGUUGCGUGUCUGGCAGCUGAAAGCUUCGGAUGAGUCCACCUUUUCUAUUGUUCUACCCAUAGAAGAUCCUGUCACACCUCGCCAUGAGCCAUGGCUGCUGCAUACCAUCUCGGUGAACACUCUCAACUUCUGUUCAUUUUCUGCCUGCGAGGCCUCUCCAUCAGAGGCUGCCCAACUGUCCAUCGAAGUCGUUGAUACCACCCUACUUGUUGCUGUCCCAGGAGACACGGAAGGUGACAUUGACGUCUAUUCCUUGCCCUCGAAAGCAAAGCUCACUACGGUCUGCCCUCCAAGGACCACUAAGCUAGGCAUGGCUAUGUGCGUCAAGAUAUUAAUCCAGGACGGACAACUCAUAUCGAUAGCAGGCUAUGAAGGUGGCCAUUGUUGCUUGUGGCGAUUCGACCAUGUCCAACAACAAUGGGUUUUGCUCUCUACUACCAAGAGUCACACUCAGCCGAUACUCUCGCUAGAUGUCGCGAAAUCUCUUCGAAAAUACUACACAUCUGCUGCAGACGCUACCAUCGCUAGCCACUCUCUCACGGACCUGACAGCAUCUCGGCCCAUCAAGACAACUGAAACCAAGCACUCUGGCCAGCAGUCCCUUCAUGUUAGGUCCGAUGACAAGAUCUUCGCCACAGCUGGAUGGGAUGGGUGUGUGCGUGUCUAUUCAGCAAAGACGAUGCGUGAACUCGCUGUGCUGAAGUGGCACAAGCAAGGCUGCUAUGCCCUCGCAUUUGCAGAUCUGUCCUCGCAACAGACCGAAACUUUCGAAAGCGAAAACAAACAUUCCGGGGACGAACAAGCUUCUACAACACUUCAAACAGUUGGACAGAGGCGAGAGACCAGAGCUCAAACAACGCACUGGAUAGCUGCUGGUUCAAAAGAUGGAAAGGUUUCGCUAUGGGAUAUCUAUUGA